AUGUCCGGCGCAAGACAUUGGGAACAAGAUAAGGAGGCCACAGUGUACAUCGGAAAUCUCGAUGAGCGUGCCUCGGACAGCUUGGUAUGGGAGCUGAUGCUGCAGGCGGGUCGCAUUGUUAACGUCCACCUGCCGAAAGACCGAGUUACGCAGUUACACCAAGGGUAUGGAUUCGUGGAGUUCAUCAGCGAGGAAGAUGCCGAAUAUGCAUCGAGAGUCAUGAAUGGAAUACGCCUGUUCGGCAAACCAAUCCGCGUGAACAAGGCAUCGGCGGACAAACAAAAAUCUGUGGAAAUCGGCGCAGAGCUCUUUGUCGGAAACUUGGAUCCCAUGGUCGCCGAGCAAGUUCUUUACGACACGUUCAGCCGUUUCGGCAAUUUGGUCAACCUUCCCAAGAUUGCCCGAGAUGACAAUAACCUGUCCAAGGGUUACGGCUUUGUCUCUUUCGCCGAUUUCGAAUCCUCCGAUGCCGCAGUCGCGAAUAUGAACGGCCAAUAUCUCAUGAACAAGCAAGUCUCAGUCCAGUACGCAUACAAGAAGGAUGGCAAAGGAGAGAGGCACGGUGACGAGGCAGAGCGCAUGUUGGCGACACAGGCUCGGAAACACAACGUACAGCCGCCAACACAGCAGAUGCCGCCCACAUUCGCUGGGGCUGGUCCAGGCUCUGCCACUCCAGCGAUGCUAAAUGGCGAUGCCUCUCGGCCGGUGAGCACUGGCCCACAAGCAGCCGAUCCGGGCAUGGGCAGAGGAUUGCCGGUACCUAUGUCCUACCAGCUGCCUCCUCAGAGUCGGCCUGCUCCUCCCCCAUCACUCGCGACCCCACCGCCAGGUUUACCAGCGCGUCCACCGCCGUCUCAAGCUGGCUACGGCGGUCCCCAAACCUUCAUUCCGCCAGGUUUCAAUGGAGCCGGCCAGGCACCUUAUGCCCCGCAAGCUGCACCCCCGCCUGGGUUUGGGCCUCCCGGGUUUGGGCCUCCAGCAAGCGUCCCUGGAGCGGCCCCGUCACUACCUCCCGGGUUUCAGCAACCUGGCUAUGGGAACGGUCGCUGA